GAGACAGUCUUUGCGCCGGCGGCGGUGGCGGCUGUGGGGGCUGGGCGGAGCGCCGCGGUGCGGGGCGGCCGGGCUGGCGGCGGCCGGGAGCCGCAGGCGGGAGCGAGGCGGAGAGCACCGGGAGCUGAGGCGGCGGAACGGCUGUUGGAGACCCCGGAGCGUGGAGCUGAAAUGACUGAGUUUUGGGAAUUGUUGACUGCCUGGACAUGGGAACGGCAAGGAACCUACAAACAGGUCUAUUAAGAAUCUGUCAUCUCGAAAAUUUUAUUCUAUGAAUGUUUUCCAUUAAGAAGGUGUCAACAGAGAUAGAGCACUGAGGCUUGCAGUGCUGUGGGGGCGUUUCCUACAGAUCCAAGCACUGGCCAUUCGCUUCUGUUUCCAGAUGUGUUUUCUCAUUUGUGUACUUGAAACAUCUACCAUCACAUGAACUCCAGAUUGAGCCACAGAGUUCUGUGAACAGGAAAGGUCCAGGAAUGGUGUUGCCCAGCUUCGGGACAAGCCAGUUUUACAUCUGCUUAACAAUUAAAUAAAUAAAUCCUUCGCUAAUUAAGGCUAUGGAACCAAAUAAAGACAUGCACAUUCCUUUGCCAAAUGAACUCUAGGGAUGUUGAAUUUCACUGUAACUGGUCAUUCCCAGUUAACUAACAUAUAAGUUAUGCACAAAUGGACGUGAUGCCCGUGGCACUAUAUCCGGGUUCUAGCUCAUACUGAAGAUCAAAAAAAACAAAAAACAAAACCUAUUAUGACUAAUCCUUGGGAAGAGAAAGUCUGCAAAAUGGCCCAAACGAGUCUACUGCAAGGGAAGCAGUUUUACUGUCGGGAAUGGGUUUUCCACAAGCUUCAGCACUGCCUCCAGGAGAAGUCGAGCUGCUGUACUAGUGUAGCCAAUGCACAGUCCCUGGUCGGGAAUGCUGGGAAUAAUGCUAGUGCCAUCUCUGGGAAGGGGGCCUCCUGGGGUGUGCUGCUGGUGGGAGGGCCUGGCAGUGGGAAAACAGCCCUGUGCACCGAGCUUUUGUGGCCCAGCUCACCAGCCAGCCUACAGAGAGGUCUGCAUCGCCAGGCUUUGGCUUUCCACUUCUGCAAAGCCCAGGACUCAGACACUUUGUGUGUUGGAGGAUUUAUCAGAGGUCUGGUAGCCCAGAUCUGCCAAAGUGGACUCCUUCAAGGUUAUGAGGACAAGCUAAGAGAUCCAGCCGUCCAAAGUCUCCUAGAGCCUGGAGAGUGUGAAAGAAACCCAGCGGAAGCAUUUAAAAGGUGUGUGCUGCUCCCACUCCUGGGGAUGAAGCCGCCCUCACAGAGCCUCUACCUGCUGGUUGACUCGGUGGACGAAGGCUGCAAUUUGAUGGAAGGGGAGCAGACAUCGCCCAGCCUCUCUGGGACUGUGGCAGAGCUCUUGGCUGGUCACCACGAGUUCUUCCCCCCGUGGCUACUGCUUCUCUGCUCUGCCCGGAAACAGAGUAGGGCUGUCACUAAAAUGUUCACUGGUUUCCGGAAGAUCAGUUUGGACGACCUUAGGAAGGCGUACAUCGUGAAGGACGUACAGCAGUACAUCCUCCAUCGCCUGGAUCAAGAGGAGGCACUCCGGCAGCACCUCACCAAGGAGACGGCGGAGACUCUGAACCAGCUGCACAUCAAGAGCAGCGGGUGUUUCCUGUAUCUAGAGCGCGUGCUGGACGGAGUCGUAGAGAAUUUCAUCAUGCUUCGGGAGAUCCGAGACAUCCCAGGAACUCUGAACGGUCUCUAUCUCUGGCUCUGCCAGAGACUUUUUGUCCGAAAACAGUUUGCCAAAGUCCAGCCCAUUCUGAACGUGAUCCUUGCGGCCUGCCGGCCCCUGACGAUGACAGAGUUGUACCAUGCAGUGUGGACCAAAAAUAUGUCUCUAACCUUGGAAGACUUUCAGCGCAAGCUGGAUGUCCUCUCCAAGCUCUUGGUGGAUGGGUUGGGCAGCACCAAGAUUCUGUUUCACCACAGCUUUGCCGAGUGGCUCUUGGAUGUGAAGCACUGUACCCAGAAGUACCUGUGCAAUGCCGCAGAAGGUCACAGGAUGCUGGCCAUGAGCUACACCUGCCAGGCCCGGAACCUGACACCACUGGAGGCACAAGAAUUUGCCUUGCACUUGAUUAAUUCAAAUCUGCAGUUGGAACCAGCUGAACUGGCACUGUGGAUGAUCUGGAAUGGCACCCCGGUCAAAGACUCUCUGUCCACCUUAAUACCCAAGGAGCAAGAGGUGCUGCAGCUGCUGAUCCGAGCCGGUGCUCAUGUCAACAGCGAGGACGAUCGCACUUCUUGUAUCGUCCGGCAAGCCCUCGAGAGAGAGGACUCCAUUAGAACAUUACUGGAUAACGGGGCUUCUGUCAAUCAGUGUGAUUCCAAUGGGAGAACUCUGCUGGCCAAUGCUGCAUACAGUGGCAGUCUGGAUGUUGUGAAUUUGCUUGUCUCCAGGGGAGCAGAUUUAGAGAUUGAAGACUCCCAUGGACACACACCACUCACUCUCGCUGCUAGACAAGGGCACACAAAGGUUGUUAACUGCUUGAUUGGGUGUGGAGCCAAUAUCAAUCAUACCGAUCAGGACGGUUGGACAGCCCUGAGGUCUGCUGCGUGGGGAGGCCACACCGAGGUUGUGUCUGCCCUGCUUUACGCUGGCGUAAAGGUAGACUGUGCGGAUGCAGACAGCCGGACGGCUCUGCGUGCAGCAGCCUGGGGUGGCCACGAGGACAUCGUCCUGAACCUGCUACAGCAUGGUGCCGAGGUCAACAAAGCUGACAAUGAAGGGAGAACUGCACUGAUAGCUGCAGCGUACAUGGGUCACAGAGAGAUCGUAGAGCACCUGCUGGACCAUGGUGCAGAGGUAAACCACGAGGAUGUGGAUGGCAGAACCGCUCUCUCUGUGGCUGCACUGUGUGUGCCUGCAAGCAAAGGACACGCGUCAGUUGUAAGCCUUUUGAUUGAUCGAGGGGCUGAGGUAGAUCACUGUGACAAGGAUGGCAUGACCCCCUUGCUGGUGGCAGCCUACGAAGGCCAUGUGGAUGUGGUAGACCUGCUUCUAGAAGGAGGAGCAGAUGUUGAUCACACGGAUAACAAUGGGCGGACGCCCCUGCUGGCUGCAGCUUCCAUGGGGCAUGCUUCUGUAGUCAACACACUUCUGUUCUGGGGCGCAGCUGUGGACAGCAUCGACAGUGAAGGCCGGACAGUCCUCAGCAUAGCUUCGGCACAGGGGAAUGUGGAAGUAGUGCGCACUCUCCUGGACAGAGGCUUAGACGAGAGCCACCGAGAUGAUGCUGGCUGGACACCUCUCCACAUGGCAGCUUUUGAGGGUCACAGGUUAAUAUGUGAAGCUCUCAUCGAACAAGGUGCUAGAACAAAUGAGAUUGACAAUGACGGGCGCAUUCCCUUCAUUUUGGCCUCACAGGAGGGCCAUUAUGACUGUGUCCAAAUCCUGCUGGAGAACAAAUCCAACAUAGACCAGAGAGGCUAUGAUGGGAGAAAUGCCUUGCGUGUUGCUGCCCUGGAAGGACACCGGGACAUUGUGGAAUUACUCUUUAGCCAUGGGGCCGAUGUGAACUACAAAGAUGCCGAUGGGCGGCCCACGCUUUACAUAUUGGCCUUAGAGAACCAGCUUACGAUGGCCGAGUAUUUUUUGGAAAAUGGUGCAAACGUGGAGGCCAGCGAUGCGGAGGGAAGGACAGCACUGCACGUCUCCUGCUGGCAGGGUCAUGUGGAGAUGGUUCGGGUGCUUAUUGCCUGCCAUGCUGAUGUCAAUGCAGCAGACAAUGAGAAGCGCUCAGCCUUGCAGUCUGCGGCCUGGCAGGGCCAUGUCAAAGUGGUCCAGCUUCUGAUAGAACACGGCGCUGUGGUGGACCACACGUGCAACCAAGGCGCCACAGCCCUCUGCAUCGCGGCCCAGGAGGGACAUGUGGACGUGGUGCAGGUGUUGCUAGAGCAUGGCGCUGACCCCAAUCACGCCGACCAAUUUGGACGUACCGCCAUGAGAGUGGCAGCCAAAAAUGGGCAUUCUCAAAUCAUUAAGUUGUUGGAAAAAUACGGUGCUUCCAGUCUGAAUGGCUGCUCCCCUUCCCCUGUCCACACAAUGGAGCAGAAGCCUCCACAGUCAGCUCCGUCCAAGAUGCAGUCACUGACCAUCAGGUCCAACAGCUCUGGGGGUACUGGUGGAGGGGACUUGCAGCCUUCCCUCCGGGGCCUGCCCAAUGGGCCAGCUCAUGCCUUCAGCUCUCCGUCAGAGUCUCCAGACUCAACUGUGGAUCGGCAGAAGUCAUCUCUGUCUAACAAUUCCCUGAAAAGCUCCAAAAAUUCAUCUCUGAGAACAACUUCCUCCACAGCCACAGCUCAAACGGUGCCCAUUGACAGUUUCCAUAGCCUGUCGUUCACGGAGCAAAUCCAACAGCAUUCACUGCCUCGAAGCAGGAGCAGGCAGUCGGUCGUGUCCCCCUCCUCCACAACCCAGUCCUUAGGACACAGCCAUAAUUCUCCCAGUAGUGAGUUUGAAUGGAGCCAAGUAAAACCAAGUUUGAAGUCAACAAAAUCAAAUAAAGGAGGCAAAUCAGAAAACUCCAGCAAGUCUGGGUCAGCUGGGAAGAAAGCUAAACAAAACAAUUCCUCACAGCCAAAGGUUCUAGAAUAUGAAAUGACUCAGUUUGACAAAAGAGGCCCUGUCACUAAGUCUGGGAGUAGCCCACCUAAACAGACACUGGGUGAAUCUCAGUGUAAGAUUGUGGUCCCUUCGUCUCAGGACGGCAGCCGCGUCCAGCCGCAGUUUCUCAUCCACCAGCAGAGCGGUGAGCAGAAGAAGAGGAAUGGGAUAAUGACCAACCCCAAUUACCAUCUGCAGAGCAAUCAGGUGUUCCUGGGCAGGGUCUCUGUCCCUCGAACAGUGCAGGAGCGAGGGCAUCAGGAGGUGCUGGAGGGGUUCCCUCCCUCAGAGACUGAGCUGAAUCUUAAACAAGCCCUGAAGCUCCAAAUUGAGGGCUCUGAUCCCAGCUUCAACUACAAGAAGGAAACGCCCUUGUGAGAGUUUCCCCUUCUGUGAAACAGAAGGCCUUGUGGUCAGAAUGGCCAUCCAGCUGCCAUAUGGAAGCAAGACACCUGAGGAUGUGCUGGCCAGACUGUGACUCCCUCGGUACUGUUUCCUGACGUACUGUCAUGUGCCUACCCAGUAAGGCUGCCAUUCGCAGCGUAAUUCCCAUGCUGACACAGUUUCCACCACACUGAAUAAAUAGAUAUGUAAACUGUGGUUCCUCAAUACAACCAAGCCCAGUUUGGAGUAUUUUCCCAUUUGGUAAAUGUGCAUGUGCCACAGUCAGGUGUCUCCGCAAAGGCAGUGUUCCGUAUUUAUUGUUUUUUUGCGUUGUGGCGUGUACUCAGUCCCAUCGCAUUGUCUGGUGUUCCUGGUUCUUGUGUAUUUAAAAAUGUUACUCAAUAAAGCAAUUCUUGCAACUGUU